AAUGAUCGCCUUGCUAUUGGCUCUAAUUCUACCAAGCUGUAUCUUUUCAAAGACUGUAAUGCUCACUGUACGGGAGAAUUUCACGCAAUCAUGUCCAAACGGUAUGGUUAUACUUACCGAUAUUAACGGCCAAUCACGUCAAAUAACGUUUCCCGGAUGUUAUCAAGUGAAACUCUCCUUCAAAAUGACUCGACCAAUAGAGAAUCCAUACAUCGAAGCGUUCCUUCAACUAGGGCAAAAUAUACCCUGCCGUUCAGAAGGACGAACCUCAGUGUCAAAUAUCUGCACAAAUAUUACAAAGACAAAUUGGUGCCCACAGAGUAGAAACCAUGAACUGAGAAAUAUGCUCACCAAUAAGGAAACAUGGUAAGU